ACCGUCUUCGGCCUGGCGCUCGCGCUGCACUCGAACUGCGUCGGGAACGGGGUCGUCUGGGACGACCGCGCCGCCGUGACCUACAACAAGGACGUCGACGCUUCCAACGCGCCCUACGGUAACCUGUGGAUCCACGACUACUGGGGCCAGCCCAUGAGCGCCGUGGACAGCCACAAGUCCUGGCGGCCCCUCGCGACGCUGACCUUCCGCUGGAACCACGCGGUCCACGGCUUCCGGCCGUUCGGGUUCCACGCGGCGAACGUCGUCGUCCACGCGCUGAGCUGCGUCUUCUUCCUCGGCGUCGCGCGCCAGGCGCUGCGGGACGAGCUCGGCGCGCUCCUGGCGGCCGUGGCCUUCGUCGCGCACCCGAUCCACAGCGAGGCCGUCGCGUCGAUCGUCGGCCGCGCGGACGUUUUAGGGGGCUGCCUCUGCCUCGGCGCCGUGCGCGCGUAC